AUGUCUUCACUACCUCCGAAAGCAAGUGAUCCGGAAUUUCAAAGUACAGAAUCGAUGCCAGCAUUUGGCUUGCUUCCUACCGAAAUCCAUCUGCGUAUCUUUGCGCAUUACUGGUCUUUCGGAAGUCUCAAGUUUGAGAACGCAGUAGAAAGGCGUGUGAUGGAUGUGACGGAUGAACGUUAUGAUAGGGUUAAGUCCGACGAUGUUCGGAGUGAGAUGGCUCUCCUUUACGUCAACAAAAAGAUACACGACAGGUUUGAAGACUUUAUCUAUGGCCAAGCUAGGCUUCGACUUCGUUUCUGUAUCGUGCACGUAUUUAAGCCUGAGCUCAGAUCAUGGUUGGGGGAACCCUGGAAGAAUAUGUGGCCGCCUAGUAUGCUCGUCGACGACGUAGAAACGGUCCUACGCACGUAUUUACCACUCUUGAGGCGAGUCCGAGACGUCCGAAUCCAUAUUGAAUUCCCAUACCACAAAACAGAGGUUCCAAUCAAAAAGCAGCAACAUUAUAAACUUGGACAACUCAGAAAAUUGACUGAGGUCAUCACGACUUCGUUCCCAAGUCUGGAAUUGCCAGGCAUAGGCAGAUUAGAGGUAGGCUUGCAUGCUAAUAAUUCGUCUUCGGAAGAUCUCGAGGCGCUGAUGCCUAUCUUCCACAUGAAUGUUGCUCACAAGGAGUUAUUUGAACUAGGGUAUAAAGAGAGGACAAACUUUACAAUCGGUAGGAGGGAUCGCGAGGAUCAUCGAAUGAAUUUCGAGAACGCAAGAGGUAGAUAUUACAUGUCGAUUGGUAAAAUCGUUCCUUUUAUUGAACCAACUUUGGAUAAGUCGUGUGAAGACGUCCAAAACAAUAGACAUGAUUCUUCCAUCGAUAGCAAUAUUCCAUUCAACGGAAAGGACGAGGUGCUUUCCUGGACCAGGUGCAGAGUUUGGGAGCAAGUCGUAUAUUCAGGUUACUGGAAUAAACGUGCCAGAGAUCGUCGCGAGAAGGCACUAUUUCGUGUAUUUGGAACUGGCAAUUUUCCAUUGUCAUUGGCGCAAAGAUCUAGAUGA